AGACACUGGAACAUUUCAGAAUAAGAUGGCACAGUUUCCUAAACUCUUGAACGAUCGCCUGCUCCGAGCAGCUCGUGGUGAAUCUGUGGACGCAGCCCCUGUCUGGGUGAUGAGGCAGGCGGGACGUUAUCUUCCUGAAUUCAGGGAGAUGAGAGCAGAGGCAGAUUUCUUUAAAAUCUGCCAAACUCCGGAGCUGGCAUGCGAGAUCACCUUGCAGCCCAUCAGGAGGUUCGAAUUAGACGCUGCCAUCAUCUUUUCCGAUAUCCUAGUCGUUCCCCAAGCACUAGGGAUGAAGGUUGAAAUGAAACCCGGAGUAGGACCCGUCUUUGAUAAACCCCUCGUCAACCCUGGAGAUAUUGACCGUCUAACUAUACCUGACGUCAACACUGUUCUCAAGUACGUGUUCGAUGCUAUCACCUUGACUCGGCAUAAGCUGGAAGGAAAGGUUCCUCUGAUAGGGUUCACUGGAGCUCCCUGGACAUUAAUGUCCUAUAUGAUCGAAGGCGGGGGAUCAAAAACUCAGUCUAAAGCCAAGAAAUGGUUGUAUCAGCAUCCAGAAGCAAGUCACAAGCUCCUAAAGAUUAUUACUGACGUGAACGUGGAGUAUCUUGUAGGACAGGUUCGAGCUGGAGCACAACUUCUCCAGGUGUUUGAGUCCAACGCAGAGUAUCUUGGUCCUGUAGAGUUCUCCAAGUUUGCUCUGCCUUGUCUUAUAGAAAUCAACCGCAGAGUUAAAGAUAAACUUGUUGCAGAAGGAUUGGAUAUUGUUCCAAUGACAGUUUUUGCAAAGGGAGCACAUUACGCUUUAGCAGAGCUUGGAGGAUCUGGAUACGACGUUGUUGGAUUAGAUUGGACGAUAGAUCCUACAGAAGCAAGGAAACUUGUUGGACCUAAUGUUACCCUUCAGGGUAAUCUGGAUCCUUGUGGAUUGUAUGCUCCCAGUACAGAUAUUGAAGCCAGGGUGAAGAUGAUGGUUCAACAGUUUGGCAGAGACAGGUGGAUAGCAAACCUUGGACACGGAAUCUACCCAGAUAUGGACCCGGAGAGCGUUGAAACCUUCGUCAACUCAAUACACUCACACACUAAACUGUGAUAGAUGAAUCUAGUUUAUAAAUCUCAUGUACAA